AUGGACAAGAAACAACAAUGUGAUAAAAAAAGAAAAUCUUCAAAGGAGUAUAAGAUCAGGAGACAUCAGCUGCAAUCUGAGAGGAUCUCAAAAACUGCAAGGAAAGAGGCAAAAGAAGGAAAAACUUAUGAAACAGGUAUUGGGCUAAAUCUGGAAAAGGAAACUACAGUUACAACUACAGGCAACAAUACAGAUGUUGAUGUUGAUAAAAUUGUUAUGGGCAUAACAAAUAAUAAGCAAUUAUAUGAAGACUUGAUGAAACUAGUUCCACCUUUCACUGAAAGACCAGCAAAAGAAUACCUAAGUCAUGAUCCUGAUAAAACAUACCAGUUUGUAUUAUUUGACAUUGAAACAACAUGCACUGGUAAACAGGCAGAGAUCUGUCAACUAUCGGCAAUAUGUCAAAAUGGUGACACCUUCUCUUCAUAUAUUCUGCCCAAUAAUUCUGUUGGAUAUUAUGCGUCGAAAGUCAAUAAUCUCACAGUAGAAACCAUAAAUGGGCAAAGAACAUUGUGCAAAGAUUUGAAACCAGUAAAUUCAGUAUCUCUUCAAAUAGCACUACAAACAUUUAUAAAAUUCCUACAAUAUCAACAAAACUUAAUUAGGCCUACCUGUUGUACAAAUACAGUCGAAAAUGAGAACCUCGUAACUGUCCUUGUUGGUCAUAAUGCUGCCACAUUCGACGUUCCUACACUUCUUCGCAAUGCCGGUAAUAAUUUCGAAGAACAACUGCACAGCAUGAAAAUUUGUUUUGGAGACAGCUUGCCGCUUAUAAGAUCAUUGAUAUCCAAUCAACAUGCCCCACUAAAGCAAUCGAACGGCCAAUUCUGUAAAGCAAAUCUUGCCAGUGUUUACAAAUGUCUAUUCGAUCAAGAUUUCGAUGCACACGAUGCUUUAGAAGACGUGAUUGCACUAAAGAGAAUCUUGUUCAGUCCAGAAAUGAGCAUUGAUGUAAAAACAAUAGUGGAUCGCAGCCAGAUAUCUUCAGUUCGUGCCAUGAAAUCUGAUAUGGAAUUCAUCGAUUUUCGCCAUGAUCGUUAUCAAACUUUCGUUGGAAACCUUCACUGUCCAAACGAAGAUCAUAGUCCCAUCUCACAUGGUAUGGCUCUGAAAAUUGCAGGUAGUGGACUCUCCUACAGCGAUCUUCACAACUUGUGGCAGAAAUUUGGGGAAACUGGAGUCGUUGGAAUACUGUUCAUGCCGUCAUACAACCCGAAGGACACGCGAAGUACACCAUCGGACAAAAAUCACCCACGAGUGACGAAGAGCAAAAGGAUUCUAUCGAAUGUCGUGAAAUACUUUCAGUCAUGUAACGUUUCAAAUAUUUCCACCAGUAGUUAG